UUGCAAUAGUUUUAAAUCCAGUCACUGGGAAGGAUGAGAAAGAAAGAAAGAAAAAAAGAAAGAAAGAAGAGAGGGAGAAAAAUUGGCAAAGAGUUGGAGUUGGAGAGAGAGAGAAAAGAAGGAGGGGUAGAGUGACUAAACUGUCGGAAAAAGCAAAAGGGGAAGUCUGCAAAUAAAGGGAGAGGAGGAGAAACGCUAGAAACCACAUGUGGCUGUUAGGAGCCAUAAUUCAGCUAUGGAGCGCUACAAAAUAGCUGCCCUGAAACGCUCAUUUGAAGUGGAGGAUGUGGACUCCACCUCGCACUCCUCCUCGCCUCACACACACAGAGCACCAACCAACUCUCAGCGUUCUGCUAUUUCCCCAACAAGCGGCCGGUAUUAUGAAUUGGGCUCCAAUGGCACCAAGCCCCCUGAAACUUCUAGGCCCAAAGCGAGGACCCCAGAACCACGUAGGACAGAGCUGGGCUUUGACAUCUCAUCUAUCAACAACGGCAAAGCCAUUGAUGGCUCACCCAGUCCUGGCACAUCUCGGUUUGGUCUGAAGAGACCAAAUGUUUUGGGCCACAGCAAGACCCCUGAGAUGCACAAGCACUCUGUCACCUUCAGCAAGACACUGGAGACCAUUGCUCCUAUUACACGUGCAGCAUCUACAAUUGCUCCACAUGCCAGUGCUAAACUCCCAGAGACCACUUUCAGGAAGAGCGAGCCACCAAGCCCUGGAGAGGUAUUGGCGAGAAAGCCUGAAAUCAGCAUCACCAAAGCAACAAACAUCAAAGAUCAUGAUAGUUAUCAUCAUCCACCAGUUACGACAAGGUGUCCAUCACUUAAUCAUGCUGGCCGGAAAUCCCCUGGUGCUGAUGGUCAUAGGCCAGAGGUAAUCACAAGUUUGUACGGCAGUAUGGCAGACGCAGGCAAGACACCUGUGGCGCGGGGUGAGAAGAGCAGCACAGAGUUUGGCUAUGUGGGUAUCGAUGCCAUACUGGAACAGAUGAGGAGGAAAGCCAUGAAACAAGGCUUUGAAUUUAACAUCAUGGUUGUGGGUCAGAGUGGUCUGGGUAAAUCCACGCUGAUGAACACACUUUUUAAAUCUAAAGUGAGCCGCAGAUCUGUGAUGACCACAGACGAAGAGCGAAUCACCAAGACCAUUGAGAUCAAGACCAUCAGCCAUGACAUCGAGGAAAAAGGAGUGAGAAUGAAGCUGACCGUCAUCGACACACCAGGCUUUGGUGACCAGAUAAACAAUGAGAACUGCUGGCAGCCCAUCAUGAAGUUCAUUAAUGCACAGUAUGAACAGUAUUUACAGGAAGAGAUCAACAUCGACAGGAAGAAGAGGAUUCCAGACUCACGAGUCCACUGCUGCAUAUACUUCAUUCCUCCCACCGGACACUGUUUGCGGCCAAUUGACAUUGAAUUUAUGAGGCACCUGAGUAAAGUAGUGAACAUCGUCCCUGUUAUUGCUAAGGCAGACACACUCACCCUGGAGGAGAGAGACUUCUUCAAACAGAAGAUAAGAGAGGACUUGCGAGCCAAUGAAAUCGAGGUCUACCCUCAAAAGGAAUUUGAUGAAGAUGCAGAGGAUAGAUUGAUUAAUGAAAAGAUCAGGGAGAUGAUCCCUUUUGCUGUGGUAGGAAGUGAUCAAGAAUAUCAGGUCAAUGGAAAAAGACUUCUGGGCAGGAAAACAAGAUGGGGGACAGUAGAAGUUGAAAACAUAGCACACUGUGAGUUUUCCUACCUGCGGGACCUGCUCAUCAGAACUCACAUGCAGAACAUCAAAGACAUCACAAGUAGCAUCCAUUACGAGAUGUACCGCAUACGCAGACUCAAUGAGAACAACACACAAACGAACGGGCAGCCAGCAAUCCAUGCCAAUGGUGUAACUGAGCUUGAAGUCCUCUCCCAUGAGAUGUAAACCUCAAACUGUCCAUUCAUUCAUCCAUCAAUUUGUCCGUCCAUCUGAUUCUCCAUCAAUCUCAAAAUGUUCAACGUCAACAGUCUUUCCUCCAUUCAUUCCUCCUCCAUUAUUUUGUCUGGUGGUUUCAGCUGACCACUGGUUUUCAAAACAAAACAAAACAAAUGUUUCUGAUGUGUGGAAUAUGAAUAUGAGUGACACAUUUAAGCCUGUAGCAAAAUGUGAUGUUCUGUAAUGAGUAUUUUAUUAAAGAUGUACUGUGUGUCUUUUCAAUAUCCUUAUUUAAGGGAACUGCUCAGAGUGGAAAUAACGAUAUCUGUCAAAAAUUCACCGUGCCAUAAUGCUUAAAGCUCUCACUGAAUCAGUAACAUCAUUGGUUAAAUUGGAAUUUGAUGAUCAUCAAAUGACUGUUGGGCAUACAAUAUAAGGUGUUUUAAAAUAUUCUCCAUUGCUUUAGGUGCUUGAGAGUGUAUUCAGCCAACUAAAUCAUGUUUUUGAGUGAAAAGAAUGUGACAAAUAAUAUGAAACAAAGACAAAUGUGUGAAAGGAUUUCUCAUGUAUUACAGUACUCUGCUGUAGAACAUGUUUGAUUAUAACAUCUGACCCUGUGCAGUUACUUACUUUUAGACAAGAGGUUUGAUAAAAGUGUAAACAUACAUUUUAAGGUAGUUUUAGUAUCCCUCUUUUUGUAGUGACUGCCCUGUCUGGUAUCUUUACCGAUCUUUGAUAUUUUAAUGUACUUUGUGCCAUAUUUGCAUUUGUUUCUGUGUUUUAUUUCAUUUUUUUAAGCAUAGUUCAUUUAUAUUGUUAUUGUAAUUAUUGUUGUGCUUUUUAUUUGUAAAGGCCUUUACGUACUUAUAUAAAACAAAAUAAAUAAAUGUCCUUUUGGUUUUAGAGAGAGGCAAACAUACAUAUUUUUAUUUGUAAAGAAUGAUGUAUUUAUAUACUGCACAUCAUGUUACCCAGAUGUAAUAGUAUGGUUUUUGUAGGUCACAUCUUUAGAUUUCCAGAAUGUCAGUGACCCUCAGUCUCAAAGCACAUGUACUUAUCAAAUGUUCUGUGUUUUUAUUUUUUUUUUUGCUUAUCUUCUUUUUUGUCUAUCAGUAUUCAGUAAACGCAAGUUCUGAGCCAUUCUAUUCCUCUCUCCCCAUUCUGUAUAAAUGUGACUGUGAUAUGUUAAGUAAAUGUAUUUCAUGUUGUCAGUGGAAAACCAUAUCUUGGCCAAAUGUGUGGGCAGCUAAUUUGGUUAAAAUAAUCAUACAGUCUCCUGGACAUAAGCCAUCUAUUUUUUUAAAUUGAAAAGGGGUUUAUCGUACAGUCUGUACCUAUAUAAUAUUUUUAUCCAUUUGCAGAUGACGUCUAAACUCAUUUUUGCUUAAAGAGUGUCUCUUUGCAUACAUUAUAGGGCAUUGGUCUCCUUUUAGCAGACAGCUAACAAAACAGCACAAUUUUGUCCGACCAAGUGCUGGCCAGUGAUUUGCAUUACGAUUAGAAAGAUAAUAUAUGAGCUUUAAUGGCUGUCAGACAAUUCUUAGUGUCAUUCAUGUAAUUUUGCAGCCCUAAUGAAUGCAAACCAAAUAUAAUUUACAGUUGUCCAGUGUUCUGUUUAACCCCAUCCAUAUCCAGACUGCGAUGAACUUUAAAACAGAUUAUUUUAUGAAUAUUGUACACCCAGUUGUAUUUUGUUGUGGUAUAAGAUCAGAUUUAGCUAAUUAGAUUUGGAAAAAAUAAAUAUAAAUUGCUAUUU